CACACACUAAAAACACACGCACGGGCGCGCGCGCACUCUUAAAACAUACGCGCGCGGUCAGAAGCGCACUGUGAGGAACAGCAGUGUAGCGGAUUGUAAAGUAUGCUCGGUAACCGGAGUCGCUGGGGAGAGUCGCGCGGUUCCGCUGUGUUCUGAUAGCCGGUUAUAGAGCAGGAUGAACGGGUCGGACGGGCUGUGCGGGUCCGGGGAGGUUCUGGUGAACGGCUCGCUGUGUGUGAACCGGACCGGCUCCGCGGUCAGCCCGAUAGACGCCGCGUCCUUCAUGCACAUCUUCCCCACGGUGUACGGCGUGCUGUGCUCCGUGGGCGUGCUCGCCAACAGCCUGGUGAUCUACGCCGUGGCCACCUGUAAGAAGAAGAUGGUGUCGGAUAUCUACGUGCUGAACCUGGCCGUGGCGGACCUGCUGUUCCUGCUGGUCAUGCCCUUCAACAUCCACCAGCUGGUGCGGGACCGGCAGUGGGUGUUCGGGAACUUCAUGUGUAAGGCGGUGGUGGUGGUGGACGUCAGCAACCAGUUUACCACUGUGGGCAUAGUCACCGUGCUCUGCGUGGACAGAUACGUGGCCAUCGUCCACCCCACCUCCGAGAACCGGACCAUCCAGUGGACCAUCAUCAUCAACCUGCUGGUGUGGGUGGGCAGCUUCCUCCUCACCAUCCCCGUGAUGAUCUACGCCAAGGUGAUCUCCAAGAAGCAUAUGAACGUGUGCAUGAUGUACCUGGAUGGCCCUCAGGACAUGUACUGGUACACGCUGUACCAGUCCACGCUGGGCUUCAUCGUGCCGCUCAUCAUCAUCAGCACCUUCUACUCUCUGACUCUGUACCACGUCUUCAGCUCCAUUCGGCGGGUCAAGCGCAAGCAGUCGGUGUGGGCCAAGCGCGCCACCAAGAUGGUGCUGAUGGUGAUCGGCCUGUUCCUGGUGUGCUGGUCGCCGUACCACGUCAUCCAGGUCAUCAACCUGAGCAUCCAGGAGCCCACCAACGUCUUCAUCUACGCCUACAACAUCAGCAUCUGCCUGAGCUACUCGCACAGCUGCAUCAACCCGCUCAUGCUGCUGCUCUUCGCCCAGAACUACCGCGAGCGCCUGUGCCGCCGCCGCGACUUCCGCAGCUCGCAGACCAACACUUCCAAGACCACCAUGAAGACGGAGGGGUGCUCCAGCGUCAGCCCCGACACCAGCCACCGCUGCACCGUCAUCUAGCUCUUACUGCAGGACGGAUUUCACCUGAUUUAUCCUGAAACUGUGAUGCCUUCUUGCAUUUUUAUCAAAAUCAUAAGUGCUAAAGUGCUCAAGUGCUUCAACUUCUUGAAGUUCAAGGCUUUAAACUUGUUUUUUUACUCUUCCAGCAAAGGAUACACUGAAGAAUGUACAGUUACAGCUUCUUUUA